GACAUUCUUAGAUUCACUCUUAUAUUUACAAGUAUGCUUGGUAUGCAAGGUAUUUGUCACUUUCAUUUAGUUCAAUACAGAAAUGUGGGUUCAUUUAAAUGAGAACAUGGCAUUUGCGUAGUAACCUCCCAGCUAUCACUAUACCAUAGUAGUGGUUAGAGAUAUUUAUGCAUACUGGGUUCCAUCCAAGUAUUGGAAAGUGAAGAUCUGGUUAUUACAUAAUUACAUUACUACGUAAUGCAGUGAAAUUGAAAUAUUGUAAUAUAUGUAUGUAUAUGGUCAUAAACAAAACAAAAGAAAGUACACCCUUGUCCUAUUGAGUUCCAUACAUGGGCAUAAGGACCCGAAAAGGAAACAAAACAAAUAUAUCAUGACUGGUAGAGAUCUUAGCAAACACACUUUCUGUUUCAAGUUUGAAUCUCGAGCCCAAUCAAACAAAGAGAAUCAUUUUUUUGUCCACCACCCAGCAGAAUAAAGAAGCAUUUUGCAGCCAUGAACACUCGUGAUUCUUUCGAUUUCGCGGCCGAUUCGUCAUCGCCGUAAUUGAGCGGCCAUCUUGGAUUUUGGUCAUCUCGAACAUGACAAAGCAGAUGGUUGGUUUUUCAGUGAUUCAUCAGUCGUCGGACUGCUAACACGUGUAUAGUUCUCCUCUCUUCUUCCUUGACUUGGUGUUCAUGUGGUCUCUACUUCUUUGAAUCAAGCGGAAUGUAGGAUUUUAGAGCUGACAAUCGCGAAAUAGGACAUGAUUUGAGCGAUGACAAAUUUGUUCGCCUUUCUCGUCAACCAAGCAGAUUGUUACUUUAGCCGUCGAGCGAUAAAACAGUUCAACUUGUCUUCAUCAAUUAUUUGACUUUGGAUAUGAUUGGCAUUGCCGAUUCAAUAUUUCAAACAAAGCUUCAGAAUUAAUCACUUUCAUUUCAUAUGUUGAAUUCAAAAUGGAGCCCUUUGGGUCUUGCCCUUGUUAGCGCUGUUCACUGAGUGAUCACGUGAUUCGAUGAGCGCCGAAUAAUUUUCAUGGCUCCUUCGGCGAGUGAAUGAAUACUUGGACUUGGACCGAAAUUGGACUUACCGACGUUAGAUGUUUGACCAAUUUAGAUGAACGAAAUGAACAAUAUGGCCACCUUCUCUUCUGGACAAAAGAUAUUUCAUGCACUUGAUUUUCUGUUAGUGAACGAGCGUCAACAAUUUGUGAGCGGGCUAAUUAUAAACGGCGAUGUCGUCUCAUGGAAUAACAUUCGUUGACGAACAAUUUGUGACAUGAUGAAAACUAUUUCUCAUACUUAGAUAUUUGAAAUUAUAGUGAAGGUUCCCCGAAGUGAAAGGCGACUCUUCGUUGACCAAACAUGAGCGAUUGGUAAAGAUCGGCGGCCUUCGAGACUUUUCGUCACCACUCGGCAACUUGGUUCACAUCGUCUGCUUUUCCGACGUCCACUCUCGAACAGCAACAAAAACACAAUCUUGUCUCAGAUAUUUCCUUACUCGAGCAUAUUAUCCUACUAAUUUCUAAUUUCCCAACCAAUAAUGUGAACUUGGAGCACGAUGGAUGUAUUUCUUCAGUUCACUGGUGUACCUUCUUUGGAGUUUUAAAGCGCCGUUCGAUCCACGACUUUCUUUCCUGGUUGGAAGGCGCGGUGGCUUUGGUGGCUUGACAGAACGACAGUAUUUUGUUCCUUGCUGUGUGACUGUGAGGCAAAAUGCAGGAAUACAACACAACGAGGACCGAUCGUUUUCCGGCGACUCCUAACGAAAUGCCUGGAUUGAUUAUGACACAUGUACCGUCAGAUCUGUCCCGACGUACUGCAUCAAACUUCUCCGAAACGCCACACACUCACACCGGCACCUCGAUCAAUAGCUCCGCACGCCAGCCUUUCAACGCACCACAGAUGACGAUCUCCGCGGCUACUCACCCGACGUCGUCGGCAACCGGCCCGUACCAUGGCGGUGCCGCGUGUACGAUGAUGUCGGCAUCGUCGUCGAGUCGAAUUGUACGACCUGCAGAACGACUUCGGCUACGGGAAUGGCUCAGGAAGAUGAUUGAGACCCAGGCUAUUCAGGGAUUGCAUUGGAUUGACAAGGAAAGGCAGAUUGUGAAGAUCCCGUGGAAACACGCGGCAAGGCACGGGUGGAGUCGGGACAAGGACGCCUGCCUGUUCAGAGCUUGGGCUAUCCACACAAAGAAAUACGACCCCGCCACCGACUGCCCGAAGGCCAACCCGAAGGUAUGGAAGGCUAACUUUCGCUGCGCCAUCAACUCCCUUCCCGACAUCGAAGAGCUGAGAGAGAAAGGGAAGACGAAGGGCAACGACGCUUACAAGGUCUACCGUCUUCACCCGAAGAAGUCGAAGAGACAGAGUCGAGAUGCUGAAGGUGCAAAUAAAGUGAUAAAGAGGCAAAGAAGUACAUCAAAGACCCGAGGAGGAAACAAAACGGAAAAGAAACAGCGAAAAAGGAACAGCCUAAUCAUCCCUUCCGCAGAGAGUCUUAAAGCAGACCAUCCCUCUGUAACCAGACUAUCGAACGCCAGCGAUGAAUUAGCAGUGGACCUUUUGAAUAAAAGAAUGACUGAAAUAAGGGCUUCAAAAUCAGAUCGAAUGAGCCUCAACGUCAAGUGCGUUUUCAACCCGCCAAACGGUUUAUCAUCGACAGUCUCUUCCCAUGCGCUGCUGUCACCGAUGUCGCCCCCAUCCACCCUCCAGUCGCCGACGACCCCGUACUCGAUGCCCACCAACGGCCACCACUUCGCUUCACCGAAUGCCUACUCGUCUACCAUGACACACAGCACGUGCGUUUCGCCGUGCAGCACGGUAGCGUCGACGCCGGCCAGCACGCCGCAGUCGCCGCCGCCGCCGUACCAAGUGGUCAUGAAUAAUAGACAGGAGAUGCAAUACCGGUUAGGGUUUAACAUGGAGGCAAGAUUUGAGAUGAGUCAUCAAAAUCAAAUGGGCUACGAAAGCUAUCACGAUGAUCUAAGUGACAGCGAUUCGUGCGGAAGGAUGUCGGAGGAAGAAGUAGCAAAUCUGGUGAUGGAGCUGAAAGACCAGAGUCCUGGGCACAGCUCCCGGAGCAUGUCCCCGCUGGACGGGAACAACAACCUGGACGCCACCAUGGAUUACAGCUCCUGCUGGAGCAACCAGAGGCAGCAUCAAGACGAGAAGGCAUUCUUCGGGGGGAACAACUACCAGACAAUGGCCAUGACAAAUAACAGAGUGAUGGCUGGGGAUGUGAAUGGUUACGAACAAACCCCUAUGAUGACCCACAUCAAAGUCGAACCCGAGACCCACCAUUCCAUGCAGGCUGCGCCCCAGCACCAAAACCACAUGCUCAAUGGCUUUGCUCAACAAACUUCUAUCUGUCUCAAUGCACAACAUCAAGGUGCAUAUGCCGACCCAACCAACUAUCUCCUUCAUCAACUCUGAGUCCUUAUAAACUUGAAAUUGAACUCGGGAUGAAGUGUUUUUAAGUGCAAGCCGUCACGCUACCACCUAGUUUGAACCAGUCGAGGGUGGUUUAAACCAGAUCGAACUGGAAUUACGGCGGAUCGUCGCAUUGAAUUUGAGCUCGAUCGAAGCAAGACAUCUUUGGAGGAAGGCGUUGGAAAGCAAAAUAAUUACAACGUCUCACAAUCUUGUCCCGCUUGUGCAUAUUUUCCAAGAUGUGGCUGCAAAGAAACAUGAUGACAGCGACGAUGGAUGUGUGAUUUUUUAACUCCGAAACUUUUUUUCAAGUGGCGACGAGAUUCGCAAAAAUGAAAGUGUAGUUGGAUUUCAUAUGCGUCAAACAAAAACUAUUUAGAGUGUUCUUCCGUACUUUUCAAAACCUGUGAGUGCUUUAACAUCGACACUAUCUAACAGCUUUUUGAAGUGGGAAGAAAAAAUGUUUGAAUGCAAGGCAAGGAGCGACAUCGUCUUCAGUUUCGGCGGAUACUUCUCGAAAGGUUUGAUGUGAAAAACAAUUCCUACUUCCUCUGUGUGAAUUCACGAUUGAACUUCCGACGAAAGCAACAUUAUGCCUUAAUCCGUAUUAUUAUAGAUUGCCGUGGAUUUUUACAAGUUUGUGCACAAUGUGCCUCCUUUUCUAAUCUGUGAUUGAAAAAAGAAACCUAGUCAAAAUCUCGUUGACAUUAAAAGUACUUCCGUGAUAAAUGUCUUCCAUUAUUAUCACACUAAUUGAAGAACACUUUUUUUAUUCAUCAUACUUCCAACAUGUUAUUUUUCGUCAUGAGUCUCGGUUUUGUUAUGACAUUUGAUCGUUUCUUGACUGAAAUUUGAUCUUGUACGACGCGUUCAGUUUCUCUACUAUAGGUCGAGGAUGAAGGAUUAGUGCAUGAUCAUAGUGCACUUUCUUGAUGAUACAAACGGAUACGGAACUGUUUUUAAUUAGUACACUUGAAAGUAUAGUGCAUGAACUGAAAUAACCUUAAUUACACAUCCACGUACAUUAUGCUAUCCCUUUUAAUAGUCUCGUGAUUUUCACAAAUUAUUUUUUGUUGUAGAAAAAAAAUUGAUUGGUCAUGAUUAUCACAAUGCUCUUAGAAUCAAAUUCAUUUUAAGUGUGUCUGUUUCUUCUCUGCAGAAUUAAUUGCGCAGUAGUACGAGUACUUACAAGGCAUGUAGAUUAUCUUGUAGAGUAGAUUAGAGUCUUCGAUUGCAUUCCCUUCUAAAGAAACGAAUAGCUAUGGUUUAGUGAUGUUGUUAUUUUGAGGAAAUAUAUUCAUUCAAUGAUUUGUAAUUGAUUAUGAUAUAUGCAAAACUGUUCAAAGCCACCGAUUGCAGAGUAUAGUAGCAGAGUGUUUCGUUUGUUGUGGAACAGAAGGGUGUUAAACCUGUGGAAAAUGUUAGGAGUUAAUGCCCUUCUGCUCUGAUCAGACAGUUGUUUCUAAGAUGAACAUGGCUCGUCUUUAUUUCUGCGAGACUCGAUGUAUUAUUAUGUAAUAUCAUGCAAAAUGAUUUUUUGAAAAUGUUGUUAUUGUGGUGGUUUAUUCGAUUGAUAAGCUCAUCUCAAAUUGAAAUUAGAUUUCAAUUUAAAAAGUUCGUAAAAGAUUACAUCGUAAAUCGUCAACUGAGCGCCAGAAGGGAAUUAACUCAUAAUUUUACACAGAGUUAACGCCCUUCUGGCUCUCGACAGACUGUUCGUUAUUUUUGACAUCUCAUGUGUAUGUUGUACUUAUGGCCAUGUUUGACAUGGGCUGUUAUAAAUAUAUAUAUUGUACAUAUAGUAUUAUAGAUGUUUUUUAGCGUCAUCGUUUUGUUUGUAUAUAUAUUCUCCAUUGUUGUUCGCUCUCAUUUGUUUUGAUUAGUCAUCGACUGUAAACAGUUUGGGCAUUCGAUACAUAUAAGGAAGAGUCACUUCGUAAUUAUUCUGCUUCCGUUUCUCGUUCUCCGUCAUUCCUCCCACUCUCUCUCCUCCUUCAUCCCUCCUCCUUCAUCCCUCCUCCUAUUUGAAGCCCUCUCCAUAACUCGUAUAUUCAGCAAAGUGAUGCCCAUCGUAUCAUUUAUAAAUCAACUUGCUGGACAUGAAUGCUUUGCUCUAUGUGAUAUAGCAAUUAAAUACAUGUAUCAGCUAAAAUUAGGUGCAUGAUUAUUAGUUUCGUUGAAAUAAUGACACUCGGUUGGCGCCACUUUCCACUCAAUAUACUUCAAUGUAUUGUACUUAAUCAUCAUCAUCACCACGCGUGUGACAUGUAUUUAAGGGAGUGGGCCGGCGAGAAGAGGAGGAAAUAAUUUAUGUUUUGUGCGCAUCGAAAGCAUGACAUCCGCGUCUAAUUUCGGAACGAUCUAUAAAAGAAUACCUGUGAAAUAAACAUUAAACAGGGAUUGUAUUAAAUGUCCUAUUCUGGAUUCGAAACAGAUACCAAAUGGAUGAUGAAAGAAUGAUAUUAAACCAAGUUUUCCGGUCAACGCCCAAUAAGCUAUCCUUCAAAUUUGAAGGCGUAGGAGUAGCGAUUUAUUGAGUAAGAAGUGGCUCGUUAAACGUCAGAACUUUAAAUCGUCAGUUAGAGUUAAAGGACACAUAAUGUCUUCAUUCGAUCAGACUUCGUGACAGUUUAUUUAUGACUCGUCUAUGGUCAUUAUAUUAUCCCGCCAACCCCGUGUGCGGUGGUCACAAAAGGAGUUCGCGAAGAAAUAAUGUCACACUAUAUAGUCCCACAUAUUCAUUUUCGAGCCGUUAUCGUCUGGGACUUUUUCCAAUAACAUGCAUGUGCUCUUUUUACCACAAUGCAUAUUAUCCAACGUAUAUUCUAGUUACGGAAUAUCACCGAUUCCUUUAAAUCUAUGCACUAUUUCCUUUAAAAGUAACAGCUUCACCAAUAGUUACAUUAUUUUGUAAAUCAAUAUUCUUCUACUGCCAGUUGCCCUCUCGUGUGCUUUAACGACUGAUUAUAAUUAUAGACGAGUGUACUUCUGUUGUCUCUCUGUUCUUUUGUAAAGAUCUAAUUAAUUUUGAUUGCUUUCUUCCGAAUUAUAAAUAGAAUGGGGAAUACAAAUUUAAGAUUGGCCAUACAGUGUGUGGUACGCGUUUUAAGUAACCUUUAAAAGGUCUUUAUAACUUAUUUUCAUUUUACUUCGUAUACAAUGCGUAUUAAUUAAUGGUGAUGGCAGCUUAGCUGGAAUAGGGAGCAUUUAUUGUGAACCAAAAUGACACGGCUUUUUUUCAUGCAAAAAACUUUGGUUGUAAAUCGUCAUUUUUAGUAAUUUCAAUGCACGCUUCAAUUCAUAAAAAGAUUCAACUUGAUCUCAAAUGUAUGAAUUAUUACAUUUCUACUUAAUAAUGUUAUACAUGUACUUAGUAAUGUAUUACUAUCAAAUUUUGUGCUGUAAUUGCGAAUAACUUGAAUGCUUAUUGAAUGAUGUAGUGAUGUUUAAUUCUGGAUAGUAUUGCAAAAUGAAUUGAAUUUGCAUCGAAAUCUUUUAAAGAUACUUUACCUUCAUGGAUCUGCUUUGAAAUUUGGAAAUGUAUGUUGCCGUACAUGUACAUGCAGGUAUUAUGAAGAUGUUAGUGUUGUAUCGCUUUUGUUUUGUACUGUGUAUAAUUGUUUCUUUGUUUUGUACUGUCUAUGAUUGUUUCUCUGUUCGCAUCUGUAAGUUUGCAGUACUUCCCUAAUGUACUUUCUGAGGUACUUUUUUUCUAAGGAUACAAUGUGUGUAUUACUUACUUUUAAAACUAGAUUUUGUGAUAAACUUUUUGAUACCUUUGCAAA